UGGGCCUUUUGGGGAGUGCCAGGCAGGAGUGCAGGGCAUCCAUGGGGUACCAUGGGGCCAUGCAAACCUCCUCUGCCAGGGGAGGGCACAGUGUUGCCCCUGCCUCAGUUUCCCCGUUUCCCAGCCAUAGGAUUUUCAAGCUGCAGAUCUGGGAGCAGGGGGUUAGCUGGUGCCUGCCCCCUUUCUGAAGGCUGCCGUGCCCGCAGGCUCAGCUCGCCCCCCCGCCAUGGCAUCGCCGGAUGGAGUCAGCGGCGUGGGCGGCAGCCCUGAGGAGACGGAGCUCAGCAUCACCCUGACCCUCCGCAUGCUCAUGCACGGCAAGGAGAUCGGCAGCAUCAUUGGCAAGAAAGGAGAGACUGUUAAGAGGAUACGAGAGCAGAGCAGCGCACGCAUCACCAUCUCAGAGGGGUCCUGCCCCGAGCGCAUCACCACCAUCACCGGCUCCACUGAUGCCGUCUUCCGAGCCGUCUCCAUGAUCGCCUUCAAGCUGGAGGAGGACCUGGGAGUAGGGAACGAUGGGGCGGCAGCAGGCAGAGCACCGGUGACCCUGCGCCUUGUCAUCCCAGCCAGCCAGUGCGGCUCCCUCAUCGGCAAGGCAGGAUCUAAGAUCCGGGAGAUCCGGGAGAGCACGGGGGCACAGGUGCAGGUGGCCGGCGACCUGCUGCCCAACUCCACGGAACGGGCCGUCACUGUCUCGGGAGUGCCAGACACCAUCAUCCAGUGCGUGAGGCAGAUCUGCGCCGUCAUCCUGGAGUCACCUCCGAAGGGGGCCACCAUACCCUACCACCCUGGCCUCUCUCUGGGCACCAUCCUGCUCUCUGCCAACCAGGGAUUCUCCAUGCAAGGCCAGUACAGUGGAGUGUCUCCUGCAGAGGUGACAAAGCUGCAGCAGCUGUCAGGGCACACGCUCCCCUUCGCCCCUCUGGGCCAUACACCCGCCAUGAUGCCAGGCCUGGAUGCCAGCUCCCAGAGCAGCUCCCAGGAGUUCCUGGUGCCCAACGACCUCAUCGGCUGCAUCAUCGGCCGGCACGGCAGCAAGAUCAGCGAGAUCAGGCAGAUGUCGGGCGCCCACAUCAAGAUUGGGAACCAGACUGAGGGCUCCAGUGAGCGGCACGUGACCAUCACGGGGACCCCCGUCAGCAUCACCCUGGCUCAGUACCUCAUCACAGCCUGCUUAGAGACAGCUAAAUCUACCUCCCAGGUGCCACCGGGCCCUGGCUCCAUGGACCUCGGCAUGGGUUUCUCCCAGCCCCUCGCCCCAGGCUCCGGCACUGCGCUUCCCACCGUUGCCCCGGCCCCUCCAGCCCUGCUGGGCACCCCCUAUGCCAUCUCCCUCUCCAACUUCAUCGGCCUGAAGCCGGUGUCCUUCCUGGCACUGUCUCCGUCUUCUGUGGCGGGUCCCAACGGCGGCACCGCCACCUACACGACCAAGAUCUCAGCGGCCAACGGCACCAAGAAAGCUGACCGGCAGAAGUUCUCACCCUACUGAGCCUCAGUGGGCCAGGCCAGGGUGUCCAGGGUGCCACUUGGUACCAGAGACAUCUCCCUGCCACCCACUCUGGCCCCCAGCCCCUGCCAGGUGCCCCAUGCCCAGGGUGGACCUCCUUGCCCCUCACCCCAGGGAAGGGAAAGGUCUUCCUGGUGGCAAUGCCCGCUGGAGGAAGGGGCUGCUUCAUUGCCUGCUGCCAGUCCCAGCAGCACUGUGCCCCCCUCCCUGAUCUUCCUGCACAGAGACCACAUGUCCUGGUAUUGGGUGGGGGGACUGUUCCUGCUGGCCUAGGGUCCCUUCUCCCAGUUCCCUGUGCCAGCAUGGUACCCCUACCUCCUGCUCCUCCCCCUGCCUACCCUGCCAUCCUGCUGCUGCCCACACUCUUGUCUGGCACCCAAAAGUCAGGUCCCACUGGAUGAGGGACUGCCUGGCCUCUGCAGGAGUCUCUCUUCCCUUGGCUCUGGUGGGGGGCCCUCCCGGGGCCACCCUGGGGCAAUCGCCUCCCAGCAACCCCAUCCAAGAGCCAGUCCCUGCUGGCUUGGAAAUGCUGUAUAUAUGUCUAUAUUUUUUCCUCCUUUGUAACUUAUCAAUGGUUU